UUAGCAAAACAGCCAAUCAGGGUCGCUAGCGUUCUGUCAGGAUGGGAAACAGCCAAUAACGUACGACGUGAACGAUUUAAAAACAGUUCCCCCGUUAAACUGAACUCGAUUAACUUACUUUGAAGGCACGCUGCUUCCUGUUGGUUGAAGCUUCCUUCCAAAAGAUCUCAACCAGGAUAGACUUGUGUUGCUUGGCUGUGUUACUGCAGUUGGUUGCCUUCCAGAGAGUGUAUUUUGGGGCCAUCUGAUGCAAAAGGAAUGGCAACGCGCAUAUACAUAGACAAAGAAAAUGGUGACACUGGCAUGGUUACUGCCUCUAAGGAUCUACUGAGACCGCUGCCAGCACCGUCAAAGAUCUUUGUUGAAAAGUCUCACCCUAAGACUCCGCUUGUGGGAAGGACAGCUAAUGUCAAUCUGAGGAAUGUGAACUCUCAGUCAGUCAGGAAGGCCCUUGGAAACUUGAAUAAGCCUUUGUCAGCAACAAAACUGGGUCCUAUAGAAAAGAAGCUGUCUGCAAAAAAGGCUAUUAAGAGUACAAAUAAAGUUGAAGGCUGCAGCAUGAUUCCUGAAGACUGUCCAGAAAAGGAGAAUUUCUUUCCCUGUGAUCCUCUAGACUUUGAGAGUUUUGAAGUUCCUGAGGAGCAUAGACUGAGCCACAUGUCACUGACAGGUGUUCCUCUCAUGAUGUUUGAAAAAGCAUCCAACCAAUUCACAAGUAUAGUCUCUGCACCCAGAAACCAACCUUUGAUGUCAUGGGACAACGAUAAUCUGUCAGAUACUCUGCAAUCAACUAAAGAUUUCCUGUUUACCUUGGAUGAUAUAAUAAUUGAUCUCCCAUCUCCUUUGCAGUAUUGAAAAAUAUUUUAUUUUUUUACUGAAUUCUGGUAAAUUUUUAUCAGUUUCAUGGUAAUAAAUUUGCAGUUCAAUCAAGGACUCAUUUUGUGGAGGGGACUAGAACUGUAGAAACAUUUCUUCAAGUUGCAUAAUUCUUAGCAUUUAGGUGUUUGUUACUUUUGAUCUAGGAUUUUACAAUAGACCUACAGGAUCGUAGAAGGAUCACCAGAUAGUGUUUUUUUAAAUUAUAGGUAACAUCCAGUGUCAAAGAAAGUACUUGGGUCAUUUGAUGGAAGUUCUUAACCCAGGAGGAAAAUAUUACUUUCAAACGAAUCCUAGUGACAGUUAAAAGGAAGCUUAGUGAUUUCAAAGGGGUCUGUUUUCUAGUUUUUCUGUUAAAUAUUUGCAUUCCUUAGGUUUGUGCCCCAGAAGUGUGAUCCUUGAAACAUUUACUUAAGGAGGUACUUUGCAACUCUAAAUAGUAUCAUCCAAUCUGUUAAUGGCAAUUUUCUUUUAUGUGAAACCUGCUACUUUAUAUGUAUAUCAAUAAAACAUAUGUAAUUGAGUGUU